CCGUGUGUGUCAUGAUUUCACGAGAGUAGUGGUCAGUUUUUGUGCGGACAGCAGAUUGAUAUCACACGGUUUGGUUUAAAUUUAUUUUAAUUUGUUACAAUUUAGUAUUUGUACAAAAUGUUUGCAAGGUAUUCGUCGAACAUUGCUCGUGCUACCCAGUUUCGCCGGUUCCAAAGUACACUGGUGCUAGCGGAGCACAACAACGAGACCUUGAACCCGAUUACGUCGAACGCCGUCACUGCGGCCAAAAAGUUGGGUGGCGAUGUGACCGUCCUUGUGGCUGGCACCAAGGUGGGGCCGAUAGCGGAAGCUGCCGCUAAGUUGGACGGAGUCAGCAAGGUCCUGGUGGCGGAAGGUGACGCAUUCAAGGGACUGCUGGCGGAAUCGGUUACGCCUCUGGUUCUGUCCACCCAGAAUCAGUUCAAAUUUACGCACAUUGUCGCCGGAGCAUCAGCUUUUGGUAAAGCGGUACUGCCCCGGGUUGCCGCCAAGCUGGACGUUUCUCCGAUUUCGGAAAUCAUCGAAGUCAAAUCGGCGGAUACUUUCGUGAGGACAAUCUAUGCUGGCAACGCCAUCCAGACUAUCAAGUCCAAGGAUCCGGUAAAAGUAAUCACCGUUCGUGGUACAAACUUCGAAGCCGCUGGAUCCACGGGAAGUGGAACCCUGGAUAAAGCCCCCGAAGGUGACUACAAAUCCAGUCUGACCGAAUUUGUCAGUCAAGAGCUGACGAAAUCGGAUCGGCCAUCGCUUACCGCUGCUAAGAUAGUGAUCUCCGGGGGACGUGGAAUGAAGUCGGGUGACAACUUCAAGAUGCUAUACGACCUCGCUGAUAAAUGGGGUGCUGCUGUGGGUGCUUCCCGUGCCGCCGUAGAUGCAGGCUUUGUGCCGAACGAUUUGCAGAUUGGACAGACCGGAAAGAUCGUUGCUCCGGAGCUUUAUAUUGCGGUCGGUAUAUCAGGAGCCAUCCAGCAUCUGGCCGGUAUGAAGGAUUCAAAAACAAUCGUUGCUAUUAAUAAGGACCCGGAGGCGCCGAUCUUCCAAGUUGCAGACUACGGCCUAGUGGCCGAUCUGUUCAAAGCGAUCCCAGAAAUAGAUGGAAAAUGCUGAUUGUAAUACAGAGAUGGUUGUUAUAUAAUAACAAGCAUGGCUAAUUCAGAUUAUUUAAUCAAUCAAAUGUUGUCCGCAAUAAAGUUGUUAGAAAACAAA